GCUCUGGUGGCAACCAUGGUGUAUAAUGGCCUCACUGUGCCUCUCAUCGUGAUGAGCGUGUUCUGGGGCUUCGUCGGCUUCUGCGUGCCCUGGUUUAUCCCUAAGGGUCCCAACUGGGGAGUUAUCAUCACCAUGCUGGUAACCUGUUCAGUUUGCUGCUCUCUCUUUUGGCUGAUUGCAAUUCUGGCCCAACUCAACCCUCUCUUUGGACCACAGUUGAAAAAUGAAACCAUCUGGUACCUCAAGUAUCAUAGGCCUUAAGGA